GGGGGGCCCACGCCACCCUUCCCUGCGUGCGUCGGUACGCGCUGUCGUGUAUCGCGGGCUGCCUGACAUUGAGAGUAUUCCGCGAUAAGUGGUGGGCCGCCGUCGCCGUCGUCACUGCCGUCACCGCCGCCGUCGCCGCCGCUGCCGCCGCCGUCGUGCGUCCGCCCGAUGCUGAAAUGAAGCAGAAGCGCGUCAUGUAUGGCGACGCGCGGAAACUGUGCGAGAGACGAACGCAAUCGGCCCCGUACGGGCCCUGCCUCGCGUCGGACUAACGAUCAAUGGCUUUAUUCGAGAAGAGAUACACGAAUAAAGUGCUGUUAGAUGAUACGGAGCAGCUGACGAGCGUAAUCGAAAAUGCGAGGACCAUCGACGGACAUACGGAAUACGUAAUCAAAACACAGAGAGGUCCGCUUCCCGAACGAUCCUGGAGAGUGAGCCGACGUUACAAUGACUUCGUACAGCUCAACGCAGCUCUAUCCGUGUCCGGCUUCGACCUGCCGCUACCGCCAAAGAGGAUCAUCGGUAACAUGGAGCCAGACUUUAUAGCUCAGCGACAAAUAGCACUGCAGAAUUAUCUAAACAUAGUACUAAUGAAUCCUAUACUGGCAUCCUCGCUUCCCAUGAAAAAGUUUUUAGACCCUGAGAAUUACACCGCACCCUUACAUGAAAUCGCACUGCAACAAGUGUCGCUAGCAUUACGGAGCGAUGCCAAUUUCGAAGUAGGCAAGGCCAUCCCCGACAUGGGAUGGCGGUUGAGAAAACAUUAUUAUACGGUGAAAAAUCGCCAGAAUCCGAAGCAGGAGCUUCUGCUAGCUUGGGUCGAGUUCGGCCCUGACAAGCACCUGCAGGACAAGGAUAUACAUGGGGUAUUCAAGACCCUAGGCUCUCUACGGCACACUUACAUCGAACCUAUAGUACACCAGCAUGUCACAGACAACGGGGCACUAACGAUAAGAAAUUUCUACUCGGCUGGCACAUUGCGUGACGUUUUAUGCAUUACCAAGCCUAAGCAGCCAUUUAUAAAAAAGUAUGGAAAUCCGAAACAAAUAAAAGCGUUAACAGUACAAGAAAUUGCCACGUACGGUUAUCAGAUAUUAGAAGCUUUAGGAUUUCUUCAUGAAAAGGGAUUACCUUAUGGGCACUUACACACCGGCAAUGUUCUCUUGACUCCGAGAUGCGCUAAAUUAUUGGAUAUAGAGAACGGGCUCCUAGGAUUGCCAGCGUUUUACCGGCCUUACGUGGUUCAAAGGCGCAAAUUACAUGCCACGACUCAGGUUGACGUGUACUCAUUCGGGCAUGUUUUGUACGAAAUGGCGUUCGGACGACCGCUUUUGGAGGCAACGUGCUCCGAUUUGCCGCACUGCGAAGCGAAUCUAAAGAAUUUGUUGGAGGUCAUCUUAUCGCCGGAAGCUCUGAAACAAGAUCUGCCAACAGUGAUACGGCUGCUGGAACAUCCGUUCUUCGAAUCGGCGAGGCACGCUGCGUCAGCAAUUGGCACCGUGGAGAAGCCGUACUUCAAACUGAGCAAUCACUUGAAGGAGGCUCUGCAGGAGGCUGUAAACAAAGCCGAGCAACGCCUGCGCGAUGAACAGAAAGUCGCCCGACAUCAGAAGAGACUUGUCAAGGUGCAAGAAAUGAUGAGCUCGGAAGAAGAAAUGAAGAAACGGAAGCAUAAACUGAAGAAAGAGCAGAAAUUGGCGCAAGAACAACGUUCUUCCUCGCAACUGGGUACGAACGGGACGAAGCAAAUAAAUGGUAAGAGCCCGGAGCGUUCAGACAGCCCGACAAGUACUUCCACGGCUACCAGCGUUGGAACGUUGACUCCUCCGUCGCUUCGUUCUGUGGAAAUUACGCACGCAAAUGCAGUUCCUGGCAAAGGUGUUCCGCCACCACCACCACCCUCGUUGCCACCGCCACGUGAAGCAUCCGGUGGUGCGUCGAAUAGUGUAUCAAAAUCGUCAAAUGACCGUGCUGCUUUACUCGGAAGUAUUUGCAAUUUCGACAAGACUAGACUGCGAAGGAUUACAAAUGGACAUCGUUAGAAACGUUAGAUAUAGAGAAGCGAAGGGUCACGCGGAUUGUUUGUCUCAAAUCUGGCGUGACCGCAAUGUCGAACAAAGAACUUCCCUUGCUUGAUUAGGACAAGAUAAUGUACCUGUAGAUUAUCAUGGUGGAUUCAAAGGUUGUCUGAAUGAUAGCUGUAUCGUGCUUCUUGUGGUACUCCUAAUGAUACUGAAUAUCGUUUCCUUUCGAUCGCGACACUUGCAUUUUACGAAUUAAAAAAUUUUCGAUAUGUUAUUUAUUGACGCUCGCUACGUGAACAAGAUUUUAGCUUAAAACAAUUACAUUAAGAAUACACUAUAUUAAAUUUGUGAUAUUUAUAUAUAUAUAUACACAUAUGGUCGAUAUAUUAGUCCCGUUUGGCCUACUCUGCGUUUUUACGAAAUAUAAUGCAAUGCUUGCUUCGUCUGUAUUAGAUCUGCCGUCCAGGAACGAGCCUAAACAGAACAACCAAUCAAAAUAUCAAUUGCUUUGGAAAUUUUGCCAUCUUUACGAGUCGUCUCAUAUCGUCUUCUUUCCGUACACGUAUACACUAGAGAUUAUGUAAUUUAAAAAGAAAAGAUAUUGUAUAACGUAAUAAUAGGAGUAUAUAAUUGUAUAUUAUCUAAUUUACGGAACACACGCGUACAGUAAUUAUGCUGGGAGCAAUUUGAAACGUUUUUAGAUUUAUUUUGACUGACUCUCACGACUGCUCGACCGUGAAUCAAGGAUACACAUUCGCGAUAUAAUUAUUCGAGAAAUUCCAUCUUCUAGUCCAACAUAUCCCCCUUAUGCAGUUAUAAUGAUAGAAUUUUGUAACAUAUCUUGUUUAACGCGGGCCAAGUUUCGCGAUCGAUUUUACAUUAUUGUUAAUCAGGGCUUGUUUUUCUCUUUCUAUACACACACAUAUAUAUAAAUAUAUAAAUAUAUAUAUAUAAUUUGUUUGAAUACAAAAAGAAAAUUAAAAGAAAAAGCAGUGAUACACAAUGGGGUGAUAACAUGUAUGUAUAUUAAGUAAAUCUUCUCUCGUUAUACUCAUCUACUGUUCUGUCUAUUCAAAGUUUAUGACAUACAUAAUAUAUAAAUAUAAAUAUAAAUACAUAGUUCUCGUUCGUGUUCGUACUGUACAAUGCAAGGAUCGUACGCCGCUUUUGUAUCGCUCGUAAGACCGGAAUGUCCAGUUUUACAAAUUAAAAACGUGCCAAGGGAUAUGCGGUCUUCGUAUUGAUAGAUAAUAUGAUACCAGCAGUUGUGUAGGCCAUAGCGUAAUCUAUUUCUAUAUGUCGACAACAGUCAAGUAUAUGUUCUGUAUAAUCAAUUGUCUGUGGAUAUUAUAACGAAACCUGUAAUAUAUAAUCACACGUUUUAAUACACUUAUUAUUGUCUUAGAUGUAUAUGGCAACUGGUGAAAUUAUGAUUCGUGAGAUCAUUUCAGACGCAGAUGGCGAUGAAAAUAAUCCGAAAAACAUACAAAUAAUAAGGCGGGGAAAUAUACAUGUAUGCAUAUAUUUCACGAUCUGUUAUAUAGGUAUCAGCUUCCAAAAGGUUGUCUAUAUACACUCAAGAGUAUAAAGGAAUAAGCUCUUGUAAUUUCACGAAAUUUUACGUUCAACGAAAUCUCGUAAACAAAAAAUACUGCGACAUUACCAGAGUAUAUAUUAACGUAUUUCAUAAUAUAGAUAUUUUUUGGAAAAAAAACAUGUUGGGCCGAAAGACGAUAAAGUUAACGUUUAUCGGCAAGAAAAAUAUUCUUUUAUGGUAUUAAAUUGUGUUGUGCACAUAGUAAUGAAAUGUUCAGAAUCGAUUACUACCGAGCUCUUUAAGAGUCCUUCGUAAUUGACAUGAUUUUUAUGCGUUACUUUAGAUUACUCCCUUUCGAAGUCAUUGCCUUACACACAUUUGUAAACAGGUAGUGUACAUAGCAUGCAGAAGUCGUGUAGAGACCUGACGUAAUCUAGGGAAGGGAACAAAUUUUGCGUUUACUGUUAAGAGAAAAUGUCAAACGAUAAAACAAACAAGACAAUUUUAUUUCAGACGAUAGAGAAAGACGAAAUAUUUUAAUACUUAAUAAUAUAUUCAACAAGUAUAUGAUACAUAUAUAAAUUUAUCACGUUCGAAUAGCCCCAAAAAUUUUGAUAGCAGUCCGUGUGUAUAGUAUAAAAGUAUGUGUAUUCGACAUUGUGUAUAUAUACGCACACGCACGGGAGCGUACAUAGAUAUGCGAUUGUCAUAAUAACAGCUGUUGUAACGACUUAAAUAUAUCGCAAUAAAUAUCCAAAAAAAAAAAAA